UGAGCAUCAUGGGUAAAAAGACACGCCCGUCGAAACCUCUCAAACGUUUCCGCAAACUAUCCUGUGGGCGCUUGUUCUGAUCAUCUACAUUCGGAAUCACUGUUACGGAACUAUCAGACUUUGAACUUUUCCAUCCCAGGACAAAUAUGAGUGAAAUCAAACCUACCGAUCCAGCAGUCACUAACACUGGAGAGGAAAAGGACUGGGCCGCAGCAAAAGCCUUUUUUGACAGUUUAAAAACAAGGAAACCUAGACCCCCCAAACCCCAAUAUGCCGUUACUAUCGCCGUCUCUUCUCGCACCCUGUUUAACAUGGUUGCGGAGCGGAAGAUCUACGAAGAAGAGGGGGUCGAGAAGUAUGUGACGUUUCAACAGGAGCACGAGAAUGAGCCGCUCAUGCCAGGUGUGGCGUUCCCUCUCGUGAAGGCUCUGAUGACGGUAAACUCCAGACUGAGGCAGCUCUACCCCGACAGUGAGGAACUGUUUGAUAUCGUCCUGAUGACUAAUAACCACGCCCAGGUCGGGGUGCGCCUCAUCAACAGCAUCAACCACUACGAUUUAACCAUUGAGAGAUUCUGUAUGACCGGAGGGCAAAGCCCCAUUGGCUAUCUGAAGGCCUACAUGACCAACCUGUACCUCUCCAAGGAUGGAGAGAAAGUCACCGAGGCCAUUGAGGAGGGCAUUGCUGCAGCGACCAUGUUUGCAUCUGGAGAUGUGGAGAACCAGCUUUCUGACACACAGCUGAAAGUAGCUUUUGACGGGGAUGCAGUUCUCUUCUCUGACGAGUCAGAGAUCAUCGUGAAACAACACGGCCUGGACACGUUCUUUGAGCACGAGAAGGAAUUUGAGAACAAACCUCUUGCACAGGGUCCCUUGAAGUGUUUCCUGGAGGCGCUGGGGAAGCUCCAGAGAAAGUUCUACGCCAAGAAUGAGCGUAUGAACUGCCCCAUUCGUACCUACCUGGUAACAGCCCGCAGUGCAGCCAGCUCAGGGGCCCGUGUCCUCAAGACCCUCAGGAGCUGGGGCCUGGAGAUCGACGAAGCCCUGUUCCUAGCCGGGGCCCCCAAAGGGCCCCUCCUGCAGAWYAUCCGGCCCCACAUAUURUURGACGACCAGAUGUUCCACAUCGAGGGAGCCAAGGAGCUGGGGACCAUCGCUGCACACGUGCCUUAUGGGAUCGGACAGAAGUAUCACAAGGGGYAACUUAUUGAGCAGCCUGACAAAGAUGUCAAAGACAAGAAGUGAAGAGCCUCCUAGUGGUGGGGAGAUAUCAUACGUUAUGCAAAUGCUUAGUUGCACACAACCCUGUCAUCAGCUGUAGGACCUUUAUUGUUUAUCAGGAUUUUGUAUUAUUUCUCAUUUUUACACUUUAUUACAAACAUCUUUAUCAGAGAAUGUUGUAUUAACAGGAGAGAAAAACACAUAGUUUAGGACUGUAGAUGUAAUACUCACAUCAGGGACCAAUGUCACCUAAUGUUCUCUGUCAUAAGGAGAGAAAUAAUCACUUUCCUACAAUCCUCAUCCUCAUCACCAUCACAUUGUAGUCUUUAAUAAUAUUUGGUAAAAUAUGUAGUUUUUUAUGAAAAUGUAUGUCAGUGUGUUCAAAUUUUGUAUAGUGUAUUCAAAUUUUACACAUGAAAGUAUAUUUAGCAAAAGGUAUUUUAUAUCUUUAGAUAUGCGCACUCUAGUAAACGUACAAGGUAGAAUGGUUAUUGAUAUGAAGCGCUGCAAAAAAAAAAAUGCGUUUUGGUUUUACUGCACACCAUACAAAA